AUACUCGUGUUUGUUUUCCUGCAUUUUGCUGUCAUUCGAGAUUGUCGGCAUUUUCAUUUCAUAUCAUUCGUAAAUAUUAUUAAACAUAACCUCACAAAUAUACAAUAAACAGAAUAGUGUAGACAACGUUGUAAGUGGAAUUGACUUUUUCUAUAAAAAUUAAAAAGUGAUUCAAAAAGUUUUUAAGAAUAACACGCAUCUCCGCCAAAAUGAAGGAGACACCGCUUUCCACAGUUGAACGAAAUUUCAUUACACAAGCAGUCAAACAGAACUUGCGGCUUGAUGGUCGGAAAAAUGAUGAAUUUCGUAAGGUAACUAUCAAUUUCGGUGCCGACUGGGGCAGCGCGUUGGUAUCGCUUGGUGAAACAAAAGUGCUCGCACAAGUAUCUUGUGAACUAGGAGUACCCAAGUCUACGCGACCUAACGAGGGUAUGAUAUACAUUAAUGUAGAACUAGGACAAAUGGCAGCGCCACAUUUCGAAUCUGGUCGUAACUCAGAACUAAAUGUACAAAUUAGUCGUACACUGGAGCGGACUUUUAAGGAUUCACGCUGUGUUGAUUUGGAAUCACUUUGUGUCACAACCGAGGAGCGUGUUUGGGUGCUGCGUAUUGACUUGAAUGUGCUCAACCAUGAAGGCAACUUAAUUGACUGUUGUUCAGUGGCCGCGCUCAGUGCUUUGAUGCACUUCAAGCGUCCAGAUGUAAGCAUCAUUGACAACGACG